GCCGUUGUUUAGUAACGCAAACCGGACAGUUCGGGUACGUCGUUGGUACGUGUUCGCGGUUGUCGUCGUCGUCGUCGUCGUGUAGACACACCACUGCCUUUUUUUUCUUUUUUACCGGUUUACGGCUGUCGAUCACGAUUCGCCGGACGAGUGUUAUUCUCUCGUUCAUCGUUUUCGCGUAAAUAAUUCGAUUUUAAUAAAUAUUGAACAAUAUUUAACCGUCGUCGCGCCUUUAUACUGGUACCCAAAUCAUCGGUCCGCGUCAGAUUCGUAUCGAUUUUUAUAACUGUAUCACAUCCAUUAACUUUGCAACUUUACGACAGUAUCUACACGGCGACCGGCAGAUCACAAUCUUCGUCACACGGACACGCCGCCGCACCAGCAGCAGCCGUCCCCGCUAGUUCACGUCGAAUCCGCGUGUGUCCAGUUAUAAUCACCUCUCAAACCUUCUCAUUCAGAUCAAGGACGCAACACAAUGAGUACUACCAGGAGACAAAGCAAAGAGAAAAUUGAAGAAUCAUGUUUUCGUCAUAAUUUGCUUACUAUAUUGACAAUAGCUUCCGUAGCUGGUGGUGUGGUCUUAGGAUUUAUUUUAAAAGGAUCUAAAUCAGAAUGGACAAAACGCGAAAUAACGUACGUGCAAUUUCCCGGCGAUAUUUUCCUCCGUAUGUUGAAAAUGUUGAUUGUUCCUUUACUGGUAUCGUCUAUUGUAUCGGCUAUCGGAUCGUUGGAUUUAUCUUUGUCUAAGAAAAUUGGGUUCCAAUCAAUUGCUUAUUAUGCAGCGACCACGUCAAUGGCAGUUUUGCAAGGUAUAUUUUGGGUGAUGCUGAUACAUCCCGGUAAAAUUAUGAGCAAGGAAGAGCAAACCGCGAGCAUCCACCAAGAAACUAGACCAAUCACUACUGUCGACACUAUAUUAGACUUAAUAAGAAAUAUAUUUCCGGCCAAUCUUGUUGAAGCAACAAUAUCGACUUACCGAACAGUACUUAUUCCGCCUAGACCUCUAUCGAACUCUGCAGUUAAUGCUACUGAUAUGACAUUAUGGGAAAUAAAAUCAGAAAUGGUUGAAGGAUCUAACGUUCUUGGAUUAGUCGCAUUUUCUGUAGCUUUUGGUAUAUGCAUUGGAAAAUUGGGACCCAUGGGAAAGCCACUUUUAAACUUUUUCGAUAGUUUGGGUGAAGCAGUGAUGUUAAUGACCAACUGGGUGAUCUGGUUAUCGCCAAUGGGUGUGCUCUUUUUAGUAGCAUCUAAAGUAUUGGAAUUGGACGACUUUGGCGUGAUUGUUGGUAGAUUGGGAAUGUAUUUCUUGACAGUAGUACUUGGUUUGUUCGUUCAUGGAUUUGUUCUAUUACCACUUAUGUACAGUUUAUUCACACGUCAAUUGCCAUUCCAAUUCACAAUGAACAUGGGUCAAGCUAUUAUAACAGCAUUCGGAACAGCUUCCAGUUCUGCAUCCCUACCAAUUUCAAUGGCCUGUCUAGAAGAAAACAAUAAAAUUGAUGUUAGAGUUUCACGGUUUGUUAUGCCUAUUGGAGCAACAAUCAACAUGGAUGGUACCGCCUUAUAUGAAGCAGUGGCGGCAAUUUUUAUUGCUCAAUUGAAAGGCAUACAAUUAAGCUUUGGUCAAAUUGCAGCUGUCAGUGUAACUGCUACUAUGGCAUCUAUUGGAGCAGCUGGAAUUCCUCAAGCCGGAUUAGUUACAAUGGUGAUGGUUUUGGACACAUUAGGACUACCAGCAGAUGAUGUGUCAUUGAUCAUUGCUGUCGAUUGGUUGUUGGACCGAUUCCGAACCACUGUGAAUGUACUUGGAGACGCUUAUGGUGCCGGAAUUGUAGCAAAAUUGGCAGAAAACGAUUUGGAAAUUAUGGCGUCCAACGGAACCGUGGAAGCAGGAAAGGUGCCCAAUGAUGAAUGGCACACAACAUCUAUGUAGACACAAUCAGCCAUUUUUAUUUUCGUUUUGUGACUAUAUUUUCUAAUUUCCGUUCUAUUUUAGAACAUUUAAACUUAAUCUUAAUAAGAGUGUACCAAUGUACCAUCAUUUUUAUUAUUAACCAGAUAUUAUAUUGUUUUGUUUAUUGUUUUAACGAAAUAAAAUCAAAUUAGUUUUAGACAUAAA